GAUAACAAAAACAAACGAUUAAAAUACGACUUGUUUACCUUUGGAACACAUUACCGUAUAAUACUGUAGUGGAUCAAGGACUGACUGUUGUGUUUUCUAUGAGUCGCUCUUUGUAAAACUCAAGAUGGGAAAAGGUUUUAAUGAUUAUAUGGCCAAAAAGUUUUUUCUUCCGUCAAAUAAAGAAAACCAGAAACGUAAAUGGAUUGCAGAACAGAAAACAACAUUUGAAAAGAAACAGCUAGAGGACUUGCUAGCGCAGUAUAAAAAAGAACAGGAUGUCCUGAGCAACAGAGCCCUCCUUGGAGAUGAAAAGGCCAAGCUUCGACUGAGCAUCUUGUAUGAUGCACCACCCGGUCUGAAGAAAAACGAGGCUGCCAAGAAGGGCUGUCCACCUGUCUCUGUUCUGGGCGAUCUUCUCUACCUUCAGCCAGCUGUGCCCCAUAUGCCCGAGAUCUGCCUGCAGUUGAUUGGUCAGUAUAAUUUAGAGUCUGAGCGUCAGCAACAAGAAGUGAAGUUUGAGUGGCAGAGAAAGUACAACGCUCCCCGUGAGGCAUAUGCGAAGGAUGAUGACACUAUCAGGGACCAGCCGUUUGGUAUUGAGGUAAAAAACGUGCGCUGCAUCAAGUGUCGACAGUGGGGUCACGUGAACACUGACAAAAUCUGUCCUCUCUACAGCAGGAACUUGACAGCAGAACCAGAAAUGCCGGAGACCAGCAGCUCUAGUAUACUGGAUGGCCUACGUGAAGAUGGCUUUGCCAUCAAGGACAGUGUGUUGGGACGUAUGAUGGGGUCAGAGCCAGAAAGACAUCACAAGAUCUAGGCUCAAGAAGAUGAGGAGGAUCCAGAAGUGAAGUUCUUCAAGUCCCUUUCACUCAAACAGAAGAAGAAACUGUUGAAGAAGCUGAACAAGCUUCAGUCUUCCUCUGAUAAAGAGAAGAAAAAGAAGAACAAGAAAGGGAAAUCACAGUCUUACAGCAGCGACUCUUCAGAUGGUCGCCGGUACGAAAGGCCACAUUUCACAAAGUGAAGAAGUCGCAACGGUCGUCUUACCAACACAAGAAGAGAGAGGGAAGGGACUCAGAGGAAGAGGACGAGGAGUUGAAGAGAAAGCAAA